AUGCGCCUGCUUAACCUCGCUGCUUUGGCGACUGCCGUCGUCGCUCAAUCCGAUCUGGCUUCCCUGAUUGCCUCUCAGGAAGACCUUUCCACCUUGGCCUCUCUCCUCGCCCUCGUACCAGACAUUGCUGAGACUCUCGCAUCUGCCAGCAACAUCACCAUCUUCGCGCCCACCAACGACGCAUUUGAUUCUGUGCCCAGAGAUAUUCCUGAGGGUGAAGCUAUUGAAUAUGCCAACGACACCAUCGCCAUCGGCGCUUUGCUGUCCAACCACGUGUGGAAGGGCUACUAUCCCGCCAAGGCCGUCACCAAUGUGCCCCAGUUCUUCCAGUCGCUUCUUGAAAGUAGCUUCGUCAACUACCGCCAGCCCUUUGGCAACUUCACUGGAGGCCAGUACAACGGUAUCGUUAAAAAUGGCAAGGACGUUGUCGUCAUCUCCGGCGAGCAAGCGCUCUCCACCGUGACUGAAGCAGAUAUCAAACUCGGCGACAGCGUCAUCAUCCACAAGAUUGACAGUCCCCUCUAUUUCGGUGCCCCCCUCCAACUCUUCACCCGCCGCGACGGCCUCCUCAACUUCAACGCCGCGCUCACCACGGCCGACUUGCCGUACAACUUCGGCAACAUAGGCUAUGACACGGCUGACAAGUUGAACAUUUCCGAUUUCACAGUUUUUGUGCCCAACGACCCCGCCUUUGAGGCGAUUGGCUCCGUGCUCGAGGGUGCUGAUCUGGACACGUUGCGGGAGGUCCUGACGUACCACAUCGUGGACGACGUCGUCUUCUCUACGGACCUGGCCAACGUGAGCUUGCCGAGUUUGCAGGGCGCGGACCUAACGUUUACCGUGGCUGAGGAUGGAAGCGCCUGGGUGAAUGGUGCCAAGAUUCUAUUUCCCAACGUCCUACUAUUCAACGGUGUUGCGCACGUUAUUGACGGUGUCCUCAACCCUGGCUCCGCGCCUUUUGACAGAGCCGACCUCGAGCCUGCUGCCGAUCCCACUGACCGUCUCGCCUUCCCGCAUGCUUCGACUGUCUCCGAGCUUCCAUUCUCCAGUGUGAGCUACGCCACCGAUAGUGUUUCCUACACGACCCCUGAGUUGCUGCGAACACUGGUUGCCGUCGACGUUAGUGCCUUGGCGGAAGCCACCACCACGAAAGAGACAUCGACGGGUACUGGAGAAUCGACGCCUGCGGCUACCGCAGGAAGUUCAAAGGUUAUGGCUACCGGAGCUGCUUUAAUGGCUUUCUUGUUUUCCAUCUUGUUGAUCUAG